CCUCUUCCAUCGUCGUUGAAGUUGUUGGUACAAUAAGCAUUAAAAUGGAUUUGAGAACUGUAACUUACUUUUUGAUACUGGUUGCUUGUGGUAGGAUAUCAGAAGAAACCAUGAUUCCGGUUACAAAGCACGAAUUGCAAGCCUUUUUUGAGCCUCCGGUACCGAAGAUUGGUACAGAUUGCAAGAGCUAUCUUGAAAGUAUGUCACAGUUACUUGCCAAUAGUUCUCUGGAUGCAGAUCUGCCUGCAAUUUUAACGUCGUUUUCAUACGGAAGAUCUGACGAAUUUGUUGGCGAAAUACGUUGGUUCCAUAAUAUGUUGAAAUGUUUCAAAACGAGUAUAGAAUAUAAUGGAACACGAUCUUUUUGUUUUGGAUAUAAUUCCAAACAGUUCGUAGACCUACGAGCCUUUGCAAUCUGUAUACCCCGACAGUGUGCCAAUGACAAGUUGGAGUCAACGUCUAAGUUCGAUACAGCUGCAUUUAAUAGCCACGUUUCACUGUUUAUUGCUCGUACAGUUACAAAAAUUGCAGAAGUAACAUCUCUAUCAGUUGAGCAAUUUCAGCUCUCCACUCAAACAAAUAUUAGAAAUUUCUCCAAAUUAACCAAACUUCCAAAAGAUCAGUCGACAAUAACAUGCAUGUUUGGACUUCGGGUUUAUUCGAUGGUUUGGACUUUAAUUGGUCACUCGUUUUCGUGGAUUCAGGCAUAUGUUGAGAACAGUGAUGAAUAUAGAUUUCAUAUGGCUGGAUAUUUCUGGAAUCUCCUAAUUACAAACUUCAAUUUGGCUGUGGAUACAUUUUUCGUCUUAAGCGCUACACUAAAUUCAUAUUUAUGGUUUAAAAGUUUUAUUAAUGGUGCGUCUUUUCUGUUCUUGAAUAUACCUGAUAGAAAAGUGCCUACGUGGAGAUCUUGGCGAUAUUGGUUAGCUUUUUAUCGACAUCGUUUGAUUCGUCUCUGGCCAGCUUACUUGUAUGCCCUAUCCUUAACAGCAUUUUUUCUAAUGGAGUUAGGUUCUCACUCAAUGUGGCCUCCAUUGGAUCAGUCACUGCAGUGUAGAGAGAAUGGUUGGCAAAAUGCUCUUUUUUUGAAUAGUCUGAUGUGUAACGAUUGCAUGGGCUGGACGUACAUUGGCACAGAAUUUAUAUUCUACAUGAUUUCUCCGAUCUUCCUUUUGCUUCUGAAGUAUUCUCCACAGCUAGGAGUAUCACUAAGCCUUACAACUGUAGUUCUUUCAUCUUUAAUGAAACUAAGAAUUAUGAAGAACGACAAUUAUCCACCUAUACCUCUUCAUUUUGGUAGCUCUAAAUUUUUUCGCGGGACAUUCAUGGAGGUCUCAUUAUGCAAUUUUUUCUCACUGUACGAUAUGUUUUUAUGUUACCGAGAAGGACAGUUAUACGUUUAUUAUAUCAAACCUCAAUACCGGAUUAGUCCGUACAUAAUAGGACUGUUAUUGGGGCACAAACUAGCUGAUUUUCGAAAACGUACGGGAAGUAGUAUUUCUCCUUUAAGUCAGUUUUUCGGAUGGCUUUUCUGUCUAAUCUUAGGAUGUUGGUCGAUAUUCGGUGCAUAUCCGACGAUGAAGGAUAUAGAUGCACCGAUCUUCAAUUUGUUUUAUGGAUCAACACAUCGCAUUUCUUGGGCAGUUGCCGUCGCUUGGAUUAUUUAUGCGUGUCAUACAGGCGUUGGUGGAUUAGUCGACAGGAUCCUGAGUCACAAAAAUUUGAUCCUCUUUUCAUCGUUGAGUUACUCGGUGUAUUUAUUGCAUCUGUUCGUCGUAUUCGGUACUUUCAUGUGGUCACCGUUUCCUAUUAAAUUUAAAAGCAAAAUUUCAAUUUUACUGUUGGCAGUGCCACAACUAUUUCUCUCUUACCUGGCAGCUCUGGCGCUUUCAAUGUGUACC